AUAUAUUUAAUACAAUUGUGUAUAUAUGUAAGGGUAUUAACCGUGUUUAGUGGAGUACGGAGGUCCUUGUUCCGUCGUCCGCCGUUGCCGUCCGCCGUCGGAGAGCGUUGUGGAGAGCCGUUGCCCAGAGCUUCAAAAAAUGACGGAGCCUAAGAAACAAAUAGACCUGCAGGACGCCUUGAAACCCUUAUUCAAAAGUGCCGCUGAAGCAGAGGACCGCUUGUCAAAACUUGAAGCUGUGGCAGCUGCCAUUUCCAUGAAGAAAGGUACCGGAAAAGAGGAGCUUUCGAAGAACCUGAGUGAACUCCAGGCAAAGCUGGAACAUAUGAAGGCAGAGCAAGUCUCAGAGAGAGAAAAGGCUCAGAAAGAGAUUCAGAAGCUUGCUGCAGAAAAUGCAAAAAUGCAAUAUCGAAUAAUCCAUCUUGUCCGGGCGCUCAAGGAGGCUGAUAGCAAAUUGGAGGCCAAGUGAGGAUUUGAAGAUGAGGAAGACGAUUGGCGGGGGGCGUGAAGUUGGUGGACUUUAUCACUUUGAGCCGCUAUAUCCUUCUACCACCUGCACUACUUCUACCACACCUUUUCAAAUUUGUUGUCGUUUUGGUCACCCUUCAUUGAAAAAGUUAAAAUGUUUUGUUCCUAGUUUGAGUUCUGUGUCUAGUCUUGAUUGUGAGUUUUUUCAGUUUGGAAAGAACCAUCGUGUUCCUUUAGCUUCCCAAGUCAAUAAACGGGCUGCAGGCCUUUUUAUGUUAGUUCAUUAUGAUGUUUGGGGUCCUAGUGGGGUUGUGUCCAAGUUGGGUUUUCGGUACUUUGUAACCUUUGCGGAUGAUUAUUCAAGAAUGACUUGGUUAUAUUUAAUAAAAGAUCGUUAUGAGUUAUUUCA